AGGGGCCGAGCAGAUGUGCGAUUCGGGUGGGACUCUGGCAAAGGCGACAGGCGGAUGAGGAUGACGAGUGGAGCGAGCCAAGUGCGGAGGCAAUUAUAAAUUAGUAUUGUUGCUUUUGUGAACGGAAUGCGUGUUACGACGAUGUGCUGCAGAGGGAGGGAGAGCCGGAAUUCCACGCACUGCCUUUACGUUGAAAGCCCGAACCAGCUCCUCCUCGCUUGACUGCCUUUCUCCGCAUGGUCCAAAUCCGUCCGGUCCGGCGUAGACUUGCUGGGCCCAGGCCCGGGGCCUCGACUCGGAUGCUGGUGCUGGUCGGAUUGUGCAUAAAAGGCCUACGCGGUUCGUCAUGAAGCAUCGGGUGCCUAUGCGCAUCACGAAGACGACAUCAGCCUGGCCUCGCACGACGAACUCCUGCCUGCCAUUGUUUCGAAUCUCUCGCCCCGCCCCCUGCCCCUGCCCCUGCAACGCGUCUGAUUGAAAAUACAAAUGCGAGUUCCCUCUUAGAAACCUUCCACGAGGAGGAGGCAAUCAGCGCCGAGCUGGAAUGUGAAUUGCGGUCGAGGUUCUAUGUCGGCUCCCGACAGACCGUAGUCUUCAGAGGUUGCAUGAAGUCGUCGAUCCAUCCCGCAUUGUUCGGAAUUUCAGCCGCCAUCCACUCGGUUCGAUAAUUGCAGCUGUAUACGGAGGCUCGCAGGAAUUUUUUCCACGACACUGAGCGAGCGCGCUUGACAGAAGCUAUCGCCAUGACGAUCAGCGAGCCUGUGUCUCAGCAGCCCAAGGUCCAGCACCAAUCCAACGGCCAUGAAGUGAAAGACGAGAAGAAUGCAUACGUCGAGGUCCCAGAACAAGGAAAUGCAAUGGAAAAGCCGCUGAAUCCAUGGCAGAAGUUCUCGAAGAAGAUGUUCCGCAUGGAAAUGCUCCUGGUCUGGACAGUCAUAGGAGUCGUAUGUGGUAUUUCCCUCGGCGCGGGUCUGUACAGCUUGAAACUGUCGAGGACGGCUAUCGCUCUUAUUGGUUAUCCCGGCGAGCUUAUGAUUCGGGCUCUCCAAGAACUGAUUCUGCCGCUCAUGGUCUUCGCACUCAUGUCUGGGGUCUUCGCUCUCCGCGCCACGAAAACGGGGAGCGGUAAGGUGACUAGAUGGGCACUCACGUACUACAUUCUGAGCAUGUUCAUCGCUAUCAUCAUCGGAAUCGCUUGCGUGUUUACCAUUAAUCCUGGAAAGAGCCGACCUUUCGAGAAUCCUGGCUCGUCUGCUUCCUGUGCUGCGGAGAACACGGCAGCUGUACAAGACGCGAACGACACUGCUUCGAAGACCACUGUGGACUCAUUAUUGGACCUUGGGCGGGAUCUGAUUCCAACGAAUAUUGUAGGGGCAGCUGCUGAGCCCAAUUAUCUGGGAGUGAUGGUGUUUGCUGUCACCUUCGCCGUCUUUCUUGUCAAAAUUGGCGAAAGGGCUGAACCUUUAAUGAAAGGUAUCGAGAUUUGCAACGACGUUGUCAUCAAAAUUAUAUUUUUGGUCAUCCUGAUCACACCCAUCGGUAUUGCGUCAUGGAUAGCGACGACCAUAUUGAAAGCCUGUAGCAUCACCCACUUGCUCAAGUCUCUCGGACUGUUUGUGGUCACCGUUUUGACAAGCAUCGCGAUACACUUCUUCAUCGCCUUACCUCUUACUCUUCUAGUCCUGUCCAGAACAAAUCCUUUUAAAGCUUUCAAAUCUUGGUUGCCAGCCUUCGCCAUGGCACUGGGAACGUCGUCCAGUGCAGCUACAAUGCCCGUAAGUAUGGAAUGCGGAAUAAGACACGGAUGCAAUCCUGCCAUCGUCAACUUUGUUCUGCCUUUGGGCACGAACAUCAACCGUGAUGGUACUGCGCUGUACGAGGCCAUCGCAGUUAUUUUCAUUGUUCAGGCGCAUGGAGAAUCACUGUCAGUCGGACAAGUGAUUGUUAUUGUCAUUGUAGCCACGCUUGCGGCAAUCGGAACAGCCUCUAUUCCCCAUGGAGGUCUUGUGACGUUGAUCACGGCUUUGCAGGCAACAGGAAAUGCCAAGUACUUGGCAGAUCUGUCACUGCUAUACGCUGUCGAUUGGAUACUGGGGAUGUUCAGAACUAUUUGUAAUGUUUGGGGUGAUGCGUGCGCUACGGUUGUGGUCAACUCCUGGUUGAUCAAGUACGGCAAAGAUGUAGAAGUGUCCGCUUUAGAGAAUCCCGAAGAUGCGAAACUAGAGGAGGGAACACUCGCACAGAAGGAGUCUCUCGUUCACGGAGCAAGGCAUGCCGAUUGAGAAGGCAUGUUGUGAACCUUAUCGGCCAAAGAGACGAAAUUGAAGUCCCAUCUUCCUUCAAUCUGGUGGCAGACAUAAGCAUCAUCCACACAAUCGCCCGAGAAAUACUAUCGACUCUCUAAGACGUCUUGUAAAGAGAAGUAACAUCUCCAACGAGGGAUAUAUGUACACUAACUAAUCCAUGGUCCAGUACCGCAACAAGUAAGAGUUCACUGAGCGACAGAGUUCUGAUUCUUCCAAAUCUGGACAGUCUCAGAGACCCGAUGGACGACCGACUGCUGCUGAAGAGUUGCAUGUCUAUUCUUCUUCAGUCGAGCAAAAUGUUCCAUGGAUUCGACACGAAUGUAUGAAUAGAUAGGUCCAUUCUGUUCUCAAUUUUAAAUCAGAGUUCUCAGAAAUUAACUGUAGUUUACACCGUACCAACAUGGGGACGGACGGGAGGUGAAUAUAGAGGGUUUUUUUUUGGGGCAGAAUCAGAAUUAGCCUGCAGUUUUUGUGUUAGUAACGUGGCAGCACAGAGAAUCUUCUAUGUAUCCACAACUGAAGAUUUGCACAAGGAUCAAAUAGCGAAUCUGAAAUGUAAAUUUACUGCACACUUGACUCAAUGUCAAGAAAUGCAUUUAUUUUGAAGAACUUUUGCAAUAAUAAAAAUUCUCGCAAAACAAUUCUGGC